AUGAAACUCAUCAAACUCAAAAGUACAGUGAUAGGUGUCCUUGGUUCUUUUUUCACUGUGGUAUUGAUGUAUCACCUUGUUGAACUCAAUACUCGUCCUGUAUAUACGCAUUAUUUGGAUUCAACUGAAAUCACCAAUUAUACCUUAUUAGCAUCCUUAUUGUCAGUACAAGAUACUCCUAUAUCUCCAGGCACAACACCCACGUACAACACAACAGAUGGGUUGGUAUUAUACACAGACAAACCAACAUCUGCUUUCUUAGACCUUGUUUGUCAAUGGAAUCAUACCAAUGUCCAUUGGAUUACAUUCGAUACCAUGGUGGAUUGUCAGCAUGUAGUGAAUCACAAAAUACAGCACAAGUCAGAACUUCAUUCGUUAUUAGAACAAAUAGCACCUCGGGUAGUCAUUUAUCAAAGUAAAGAUGCAUGGGUGCCUAUGGAAGGCACAACAUGGAUUCAUUUACCUGAUGUAGAAGAAAUUCAUUGGCUAUCUGAUCUAUCGAUGGAAGCAUUAGAAGCAUGGCAUACACCUCAAAUCAAGCUGAUUGUGUCUACCAGUGGUAAAAAGAAAUCCAUGCAAGUUAAGCGGUUGUUUGAAAGUAUCCAGGCUGCCGAGUAUCUAAAUGAUCAGCUAGACUUGUUUGUCUUGAUGGAUGAGAAGACAGACACAGCCACCAUGCAAUUUAUUCAUCGACUCCCAUGGAAACAUGGCGAGAAACAAAUGCGUCAUCGUAUAGCCACAGUGCACCCCAUGCAACACUUUGUGGAAUCCUGGUAUCCUUCCUCUGACCAUGAAUACGCUAUUUUGUUGGAUGAUCGUGUCCAAGUCUCAACAGGCUAUUAUCUCUGGCUUAAAUAUGCUCUACUGAAAUACCGCUAUUCAAGCAGAUCCACACCUCUGUUUGGCAUCAGUCUGUAUGCGCCACGUAUUAUCGACACAGAUCCAACAGGAAGACAAUAUCUCCAUAAAUCCACAGAUUAUUGGAUGCAACUCCCUUCUUCAACUGCACUCUAUUUCCCUGAAUAUUGGCGUGAAUUUCAUGACUAUAUCACAGCAAGAUUAACAGAUCAAUCGAUUGUCAAAAGAGGUUCGGGUCGUCCGCAUCUCUUCAAGGACUCACUUUUGACCAUCUCACGCACCAAUCGAUGGAUUCAUUCAUGGCGUAAAUACUUUGAUGAAAUGAUCUAUAUGCGUGGUUAUGUCAUGCUGUAUCCUCAGCAGAGUUAUGCUACACUCUAUCUCAGCUUCAAGAAAGACACGCCUGUCAGCCAGUUAUACAAUGUGCCUAUGACUACCACUGUAGCCACACUCGCAGAUCAUUUGCCCUUGUUUGAUUUACAUGGUCAACCUGUACAACAAACACAAUUGAUAGAACGAGGCCAUCAAUUACAGCGUAAAUUCAGUGCUUGUGAGCCAAAGAUAGACCAUCAUCAUGAUCCAUCUGAUAUGUUGUGUCCUUUUAGUCGAUUGAUCCAAGUACCUAUUGAUCAAGACCAUAUCCCUAUUCAGUCUGUCUCACUCUAUAGCUGA